AUGGAAGAUGAAGCUGAUCCUGCCAAGGGCUUGGUAUUGUUGCCUGAAUCUGAUUCCCGCCUGGUGCGAGUGAAGAGGAGCAUUGAUGAUUUGAAGGAAAGACAUGAAAUUUCACCCAAGAUAAUCAAAACGAUAGAUCUUAAUUCUGACCUUUGCUCUGAAGAAAUCAAUACCCACAAUUAUAAAUCCUUAAAAAGAAAAGAAUCUAGUCACGGAUUGCAGUUCAGUGGAGAAGAGGAGGUAUCUCAAGUUACCGAAGUCCAUCCUGUCUCUCUUCCUCUUGAUCUCAACACUGAUAUUUGCAUUGCUUUCAAUGAAUUCUCUGAUACCAAUCCGAAAUGCAAAGAAAACACUGACAAUCUGUGUUCACAAGAGAGUCAUUGUGUAACCUCAAAUGGAAUUGGCUUGGAUCUGAAUGUGGAAGAUGUUUCUAGCUUUAUAAACCAUGAAUCAAUUCAUCACAAACACCUUGAAAAUUCGAAGCCAAGGGAUGUUUCUGAUGGUGGAUGUUCUAUUGUUCCAGUGGGGGAGAAAGACUCAUUAAGAGUUUGGAAGGAGAUGAAACAAAAUGGUUUUCUUUCAUCUUCUCAUGGAGGUAUAUCAAUGCUAAGUGGUGUAUUGUCAUCUUCUCGUGGCGGAAUACCGGUGCCGAAGCAACGUGGGAGGGAAAGCAAGAAUGAUGUGCUCAAGAAAAGGAUGGAACUUGCAAGGAAAGAACAGGUUGAUAGGUUCACAAAGAUUGCUUCUCCAAGUGGAAUCCUAAAUGGAUUGAACCCUGGGAUUAUAAAUCAUGUUAGAAAUAGGAAACAGGUCCAUUCCAUAAUGGAGGCCUUACUGAAGUCUGAAAAACUUGAAAAUUUGCAUUCGCAAAGCAAACCGAUGCGUCAUGUCCGAAGAGAAACUAAAGAUGAAGAUGGUAGGAAGGAUCAUGGAAAUAUGAGCUAUUCGGGAUUCCAUGGACUCGGUUGUUACCAUGAAAAUGAGCCUCCUAAUAUUGCAUCUAUGAGCAAUAAAAAAAAGAAGUGGAGAUGGUGA